GAGCCACCCUUACUUCAGAAGAACGGCAUGGGGUGGGGGGGCCUUAGGUGGUGCCCGCCUCACCUAUGACUGCCAAAAGCGGUCAUGGGGUUAUUUUUAAACAUGGGGAGGAAGUAUUUAUUGUUCCCGGGCCGCGGAGAGCUGGGCGGAGUGUGGAAUUCUUCUCGGGAGGCAGUGCUGGGUCCCUUCCACCAUGGCACCUAAGAAAGCAAAGAAGAGAGCCCAGGGCACCAACUCCAACGUGUUCUCCAUGUUCGAACAGACCCAAAUCCAGGAAUUUAAGGAGGCCUUCACUAUCAUGGACCAGAACAGGGAUGGCUUCAUCGACAAGAACGAUCUGAGAGACACCUUUGCUGCCCUUGGGCGUGUGAACGUGAAAAAUGAAGAAAUUGAUGAAAUGAUCAAGGAGGCUCCAGGUCCAAUUAACUUUACUGUGUUCCUCACAAUGUUUGGGGAGAAACUCAAGGGAGCGGACCCUGAGGAAACCAUACUCAACGCAUUCAAAGUGUUUGACCCUGAAGGCAAAGGGGUGCUGAAGGCUGAUUACGUUCGGGACAUGCUGACCACGCAGGCGGAGAGGUUUUCCAAGGAGGAGAUUGACCAGAUGUUCGCCGCCUUCCCCCCUGACGUGACUGGCAACUUGAACUACAAGAACCUGGUGCACAUCAUCACCCACGGAGAAGAGAAGGACUAGGAGGGGGCUGGCUGCUGCGCCCUGGGCUCGUCUUUGCAGAGUGGUCCGUGCCCUCAUCUCUCUCCCCCUAGUACUGCCUCUGUCCCCACCUUGUCUGUUAGCUGUGUGGCUGCCCCAUUUAUCCACCUCCAUCUUCUUUGCAGCCUGGGUGGCUACAGAUAAUCUCAUGGCCGCAUAUCCUAGAGAUGGAAAUCUAUCCAGAGGCCGUGUUCCAAUAAACAGGAGGUUGUGUAUUUGGUCAUGACAUUUCUCUGACA